UCCCCGCACCCUUUAGACUCACAUCACCUGCCGUAUUUCCACCGUCCCCAACACCAUGGCAUCGCAACAACCAACACGAAAGGCGACACUCUCGCUAUACAGAGGAAUGAUCCGGGCUUCACGCUCGUUCGCAUCAUACAACUUUCGGCUCUAUUUCAUUCGAAACACUCGCGCCAAAUUCAGACUAGCGGCGGUCGAGUCCGAUCCUGCACGGACAAAAAUGGCUUACGAUGAGCUUUCAAGAGAGCUUGCGGUGCUGAAGAGAGCGGCUGUUGUCAAUCGGCUAUUCGAAGGGCCAAAGCUGAUCAUUGAAAAGCCCAAGGUCAUUAUUGGUGGCGGGGGGGCCGGUAUGGAAGCCAGUGCUGGUGGUGGGGUCGGCCAGUCACAUAGGCGGCAGUAGGUCUAGCCAAAACAUUGCACACUUUCGGGCUCUCCCUAUAGUUGCUCUCG